AUGGAUAAGGAUCACCAAAUCCAGUCUUUGACUAGAAAGAACCAAGUAUUGGAAGAGCAAGUAGAGAAAUUGGAGACUGACCUUGAAGAAAUUAAACAGACUGCUGAAGAGUCGCACUCGUUGAAGACAUCUAACGAAAAUUACACGAAGAAGAAUCAAGUUUUGGAAGAGGACUUAGAAGAAGCUGACAAAAAUUUGAAGGAGACUACUGAGAAGUUAAGAGAAACCGAUAUUAAAGCAGAACAGUUAGAAAGAAAAGUCGCUUCUUUGGAAUCUGAGAAGGAAGAAUUCGAGAAGAAAUACGAAGACUUAUCUGAGAAAUACGCUGCUGCCAAGGCUGAAUUAGAGGAGAUCAGUCAACAAUUGGAAGCUAUUUGA